CGAAGAGAGCUACGGCCUCUGUGUCGGCAGGUCUCCUACUGGUCUUACUGGUCGCGCCUGGGUUUGCAAUGGCUCGGACUAUGCAAUCCUAUACUCUAGGAGCUCUCGCCACAGUCGUUGUAGGCCUUGCGGGUGUCGGUGUGACGGCCUACGACAACAGUAGAUACGAUAACGUGGUCGUCUACUGGGGUCAGGACUCGUAUGGUGCGACGCAUACGGAUACUGCCAACUUCCAGAAGACGUUGUCGUUCUACUGCCAGGACGAUGCGAUCGAUGUGAUCCCGGUGGCAUUCGUCGACUCGUUCUUUGGCACUGGAGGCGCGCCUGUGCUUGACCUUGGGAAUACCUGCAAUGCGAAGGACAACGCUACCUUCUCUGGGACAGGCCUCGUCAAUUGCGCACCUCUAGCGUCCGAUGUGGAAUUCUGUCAGUCAAAAGGGAAGAUAGUGACGCUCAGUCUUGGCGGUGGAGGUGCUAGCGUCGGCUUCCAAUCGGACUCCCAGGCUGAGACCUUCGCUGACACCAUCUGGAAUGACUUCUUGGGGGGUACCAGCUCAACUCGUCCGUUUGGCAGUGCUGUCCUUGAUGGCGUCGACUUGGAUAUCGAAGGUGGAGGGAGUACCGGUUACGUCGCUUUCAUCAACCGUCUCCGUUCUUACUUCAGCAGCGCAAGCAAGAAGUACUAUAUCACUGGUGCUCCCCAAUGUGUAUAUCCGGAUGCCAACCUCGGAGCUGUGAUCAAUUCUGCCUCGUUCGAUGCAAUCUACGUACAGUUUUACAACAACCCUUGCGGCCUUCAGGUGUUCAACUCGUCUAGUGGUUUCAAUUUCGGUAUCUGGGAUAUCUGGGCUAAGACAGUUAGUCCCAACCCGGACGUCAAAGUCUUUGUCGGUGCUCCUGCGUCAUCAACGGCCGCCGGCAGUGGAUAUCAGGAUCCUGCGACUCUUGCGAGCGACUUGACCCUUACUCGCCAUCGAUUCCCGUCGUUCGGAGGUGUCAUGAUGUGGGAUGCCUCCCAAGCGUAUGUGAACAACCGUUACGACCUCGCCGCCAAGAACGCUCUUGUCGCUGCCGGCGGAACUGGCUUCACCUACCCAGCCUGUUCUGCCCCUGCUUACGUCUCGGGAAACGCUUACACUGGAAACAGUCAAGUGUCGUACAAUGGAUAUAUCUGGGAGGCCAAAUGGUGGUCGCAAAACACCCCCAGUGCGGACCCUAAUGGCGAUUGGAACCCCAUCAGCGCAUGCGCUGGAAACGCGCCCUCUGGAACGCCGACGUCGACGUCUGCAGGGUCGGCCCCCACCGCUGGCGCCUGCGCCGGUGUAGCGGCCUGGAACUCAACGACGGCUUACAACGGCGGUCAGGAAGUGACCUACAAUGGCCACCUUUGGACCGCCAAGUGGUGGACUCAGAACGAGACCCCGGGCAGUGCCAGUGGAGUCUGGACCGACAACGGGGCUUGCACAUCCAGCAAGAGGGAAGCUCUCGCUGAACCUGCGAGGCCUCUUCAAGGUUCACGGUUCUUCCGCAACUAAUCGGGCUGAACAUUCCACGGCGCACCUGGUGUGGGCGGCCGAUCCUGCCAUUCCCAGGUUUCUUGCUGCCAUAUUAGCUCAAUAAGGGCCCUGCGUUUAGCACCGAACGCGUCUUAAGUAUUAUCAUUCUUAUUCAUGUAUUUUGAUGACGGAUGCUUCGAUGACACAUCUCGUCCUUCAAUAUAUUGAAGGACGAGGAGGGUUGUGGGUAACUAGCAGAAGAGUCCUACGGGCCCCUAUAUGAUAUCCGCCCAGCGACUCUCUAGUCAGGCUUCUCUGGAGUGUACAAACGUGUGUGUAUGUAUCUAUAAAUAA